GAGAGAGAGAGAGAGAUAGUAGAAAAAAAGAGGGGAUGUGGUGUGCACUCUGUCUUGGAGAGGUGUGUGGGUUGACUGUUAUUUGACAGAAUGAAAGGAAAGUGACUUCUGAAGAAAUUAUUGACAGGAGCAGCAUCUUUCGAGGAUUUUUUGCCCACUGAAGAAGAUUAUCAAACAACUGAGAGGAGGAGGAGCUGUUGAUGAUUUUACGUUGCUUGAGAGCAUGUUGGGCUUGGAUUUAAAGGGCAGAUACCACUGACCUCUCCUGAGACAGUGUUGGCACUUUUAACGAUGAUUGAAAAGUGUUGAAGAGAUUUUUUUUUUUUAAAGCAACAUUUCUUUACUUGCUUGUACUUGAACUCUUACUUUGGAAUGAAUUUAAAUCUCUCCAAGAGAUAAUUGAUCUCCAAGGAAAACUUCCAUGUUGCUGAAUAUUUCAGGAUCAGUUUAAAGAUUUUUGAAGUCGACUUUUGGGGAUAUUAACGAAUAUUUCACUGUAUUCCUUUAUUUAGGUGGAUAGUCAUUUGCACAUGAUUGUAAUUUAUGUGCAAACAGUUGAGAUGUUCUUGUGAUUAUUGUUCUGAUUCUCAGAGGGCAAAUAACCAACAGAUCAACAAGUGAUUUAAGUCUUUAAACAUAAAACAAGAGUGCAAGAAAGAAAGAGCGAUGGCACAGAAAGAAGGAGGAACAGAGCAAGCGCGUAUUAAAACAGGGGACAAUCCCAGGGCCAAAGCCACUAUGGUAGGGGCCCCUACGGCGGGCGGGGGAGUUGUGGUGGAGGUCAGGGAGAAGAAGGGACCUCUGCGGGCUGCAAUUCCCACAAUGCCUUUCCCUGUGGCUGUCAUCUGUCUGUUUCUUAACACCUUCAUACCUGGACUUGGUACAUUCAUCUCAGCCUUCACUGUGCUGUGUGGAGCUCGCAGUGAGCUGAUCUCAGAGCGAGGGGUUUGCUGUGUGUUCUGGCUCAACGUGGCAGCGGCUCUCAUCCAGAUCCUGACAGCUGUCAUCAUGGUGGGAUGGAUCAUGAGCAUCUUCUGGGGAAUGGACAUGGUCAUCCUGGCAAGUCAGUACUUUUUAUAUCUUUUGCUUUCCUCCUUCAUGCAUGACAUGCAGAAAGUUGUUUUGUUCAAACUCCAACCAGACAAC